UCUCUCUCUCUGUCUCUCUGGUUGGCAGAGUCUAGGAUUCUCCCUUCACACCCUCUCACAGUUCCUCUCCCCCUGCUCUGACCACCCUUCCUCCCGAGUGUGCCGAAAGGGAGGGAGUCGCAGCCGAGCGUGGCUGAGGGCGCCGGGGAGGUGGCGGUGGUGGGUGUGUGCGUGUGUGAAGGACGCCACCUCUCGCUCCUGCGUCUACAGGCGGUGGCGGGGCUUUUCGCUCCGGCAACGGUGGCGACAGCGGCCCCGGCUUCCGGAGUCCCGCCGCGAAGAUGCUCAAAGUCACAGUGCCCUCCUGCUCCGCCUCGUCCUGCUCUUCGGUCACCGCCAGUGUGGCCCCGGUAACCGGGAGCCUCAUCCCAGAUUACUGGAUCGACGGUUCCAACAGGGAUGCUUUGAGCGAUUUCUUCGAGGUGGAGUCGGAACUGGGACGGGGUGCUACAUCCAUUGUGUACAGAUGCAAACAGAAGGGGACCCAGAAGCCUUAUGCUCUCAAAGUGUUAAAGAAAACAGUGGACAAAAAAAUCGUAAGAACUGAGAUAGGAGUUCUUCUUCGCCUCUCACAUCCAAACAUUAUAAAACUGAAAGAGAUAUUCGAAACCCCUACAGAAAUCAGUCUGGUCCUAGAACUUGUCACAGGAGGAGAGCUGUUUGACAGGAUUGUGGAAAAGGGAUAUUAUAGUGAACGAGAUGCUGCAGAUGCUGUCAAACAAAUCCUGGAGGCAGUUGCUUACCUACAUGAAAAUGGGAUUGUUCAUCGUGAUCUCAAGCCAGAGAACCUCCUAUAUGCAACUCCAGCCCCAGAUGCACCACUCAAAAUCGCUGACUUCGGACUCUCUAAAAUCGUGGAACAUCAAGUGCUCAUGAAGACAGUGUGUGGAACCCCAGGAUACUGCGCACCUGAAAUUCUUAGAGGAUGCGCCUAUGGACCUGAGGUGGACAUGUGGUCUGUAGGAAUAAUCACCUAUAUCUUACUCUGUGGAUUUGAACCAUUCUAUGAUGAAAGAGGUGAUCAGUUCAUGUUCAGGAGAAUUCUGAAUUGUGAAUAUUACUUUAUCUCCCCCUGGUGGGAUGAAGUGUCUCUAAAUGCGAAGGAUUUGGUCAGAAAAUUAAUUGUGUUGGAUCCUAAGAAAAGGCUGACUACCUUCCAAGCUCUCCAGCACCCGUGGGUCACAGGUAAAGCAGCCAAUUUUGUCCACAUGGAUACAGCUCAAAAGAAGCUCCAGGAAUUCAAUGCCCGGCGUAAGCUCAAGGCAGCAGUGAAGGCCGUGGUGGCCUCUUCCCGGUUGGGAAGUGCCAGCAGUAGUCAUGGCAGCAUCCAGGAAAGCCAGAAGGCCAGCCAAGAGCCAUCUCCAACACAGGAUGGCAGUGAAGAUGUUAAAGCUCUUCCGGAGGGAGAGGAAAUUCAUGGAUAUGGGGCUCAAGUGGCAGUUGAGGGGGCAGAGGCUGAGCUGAUGAAGGUGCAGGUUGUAGAGGAAGUUAAAGAAGCUGAUAUAAGUGCCACUGAGGCCACCGAGAUGGUGUCUGAGGCACUGGAGGAUGGGAUAAAGGAGGCUGACCUGGAAAUAGAGGAGGGCCUGGUGGAGGAAAAGCUGAAGACUGUUGAGGAAGCAUCGGCCCCCAAAGAAGGGCAAGAAAACCCUGCUCUGGAAUUUGGAGCUCAGCAGAAUGAUGUGAUCCUGCCAGAGUACUAAAUUGGCUUCCUUCCAAUCUGGGAGCCAAAUCCUGGCACUUUAUACAUUUUGUCCUUCAGCAGGGAAGGUGUGGAAGCAUGAUAUGCACUAUCGUGAUUUUGUUUUUGAGGUGCAAAAAAUACAUAUAUCUCAGUUGGUAAUCCUAACUUCAAUGCAUGUGACUGCUUUAUGAAAAAAUAGUGUCUUCUAUGGUUUGUAAUGGAUACUUAAUACAGAUGAAUUAAAUUUGAAAUUGCAAGUAAACAACAUAACAUUUAAAAACAUACACUUUCAGGGACCAGUAGCACACAUUAGAAGUAAAUAGUAACAGAUUGUUUUUGCUGUGCAAACCUCACCAUCCUACAUCGUUUGGAUUUCUUCACAAGGCGGUAAUUCCUUUGGACUGUUGCUCAGCUAAUGCUAGGUAGCACUGUAAGAUGUGUUCCCAUGACAUUCACAUUAUUUUCAGUAAUAUGUUCAAACUGUUUACAAGGAGAUUGUCAGGUUAGAGUUGUAUGAUAUGUGCAAAAAAAAAAAUCCACUUAUAAUGGUGAGAAAUUGAAGCAUAUUUUAAUAAGGGCUAUGAAACCAUAUGCCCCUAAA